UUCCUUUCCAAAUUCUGUAUUGUAGAAAAAUAUGCUGCCCCAGAAGAGAUGAUUGGACACUCUCAAGCGUGGUGUUGGACUUUGUCAUCUCUUGCACAGCCAUCUCCAGACCUUAGUGCUUACCUCAUGUUAGUAUUUUAUAUUUUGCAAAGACAAAAACCAAAAUAAUCCAAAUUUGACACAAAUACCUGGGAUCCAUCUUAUUUGAGAUGUUUAACACAUGUCUGGAUCAUCUUUUCUUAUAUUGGAUUAUAACACAGGAAACACUGUGAAUGCCCGCCCGGCAGGACGACUGAGCAAGGCCUUGGAAAACCAGAGAGAUCAGAGCGGUGAGUCGCGCUGGUCACGUUGGACACCUGCGCGUUAGGAGAUUUUGGAGCCAGAGGGAGAGCCGAAUGGCCUUCACCCGCCUUGCCCCUCUCCUUCCUCAGAAGCCCCCAGAAACUCCCCGGUCGGCGACCCAGCCCGAGCCGCCUGGGGUCCCAAGGGAAGCUGAACGCCCGGUGGGCUCCCGGGAUGGCUCUUCCCGUUCUCUGCGCUGCCUUCACCCAGUGAGGGAGCCUGUGCCCACCCCGCCCUGUCGCUUCCGGGGCUGCUGCGGAGCUGCCGCUGCCAUCUUCGGAUCCUGUGUCCCGCACGGGGGCUCCACCAGGACAGGGAUGGUGAAUGGGGAAAUGGAGAGAGAACCUGAAAGAGCCCCAAACUCGAGGACCUGUUGCUCCCCAAGAAUAACAUCUUCCAGAACUAAAUAGAAAACUAGGCGUCUGGGAACCCUGAAAUCCUUGGAGGAGUAGCAUCAUCAUGACCCUCUGUGUUCCUUUUGGCAAAGGACUUGCUUCCAUUGUUUGUUUGUUCAAUUGUCUGUUUGCUAAAUAAAUAAAACCCUUUUCAUGUAUCUUUAAAAUUA